AUGGAACUGCUUCAAGUGACCAUUCUUUUUCUUCUGCCCAGUAUUUGCAGCAGUGAAAACAGAACAGGUAUUUUGGUCUCUUAUUCCUCUGGUGUUGUCGUUACUACAACAAAAACAUCUGUAACAACACCAAACACAGGAUCAUCACAGAAAGAUGUUAUCACAACAACAAUUGAAACAACUCCUAAAGGAACAAUCACCAGUGAAUUACUUAAAACAUCUCUGAUGACAACAGUUACUUUAUUAAUAACAAGUAAAGAUGAAGCUGAGACUCAGAGUUCAAUUAAAACAACAAAAAUACCAGGUAGCAUUUUACAACCAGAUGCAUCACCUUCUAAAACUGGUACAGUAUCCUCAAUACCAGUUACAAUUCCAGAAAACACCUCACAGUCUCAAGUAGUAGGCACUGAGGGUGGAAAAAAUGCAAGCACUUCAGCAACCAGCCGGUCUUAUUCCAGUGUUAUUUUGCCGGUGGUCAUUGCUUUGAUUGUAAUAACACUUUCAGUAUUUGUUCUGGUGGGUUUGUACCGAAUGUGCUGGAAGGCAGACCCGGGCACACCAGAAAAUGGAAAUGAUCAACCUCAGUCUGAUAAAGAGAGUGUGAAGCUUCUUACUGUUAAGACAAUUUCUCAUGAGUCUGGUGAGCACUCUGCACAAGGAAAAACCAAGAACUGACAGCUUGAGGAAGUCUCCCCACACCUAAGCAAUAAUUAUGCUUAAUCUUCAGCUUCCAUGCUCCAAGGGGGAAAUGAGAAAGUCCUGCAGAAUCAAUCCCGACUUCCACACCUGCUGCUGGCCUGUACACCAGUCGUCAGUCCCAGUAAAAUGAUGUCCAGCUGACAUGCAAUAAUUUAAUGGAAUCAAAAAGAACCCCGGCGCUCUCCUGUCCUCUGACGUUUAAAAAUUACAUUACUCCAUUUAUAGGAGUGUUCCUAGGAAAAGGAAUUUUAGGAGGGGAAUUU